GAUCAGGAGCGCGCCGCUCGCUCGCUCGCUUCCUCUCUCGUCAGUCAGUCGCUCCGUCGCGCUCUUCUGUGGAUGCAACACUAUCCAGACGCUGGCACGCGAACAUCAAACAAACCCAAACAAUGACAUUAUCUGCAACGACACGACAGAAACACACCAUUAUCUGACCAACUGAACCGAUUCCGCGCAUCUUUUCUGCUCGCUGUUUGCCGCCUCAUUCCAGCCUUGCGCCCAGAGGCUUGUGUAGCACCAUGAUGCUCAGCAGCUCAGUGGACGUACCCAGCCCAGGCGGGAUGAGCGCGGUGGCGGCCCGGAACGUGGUUCGCAGUUCCAGCAUCAGCGGCGCCAUGUACAGCCUGGAGAAGAGCCCCAGCAGCACAGGGCCUGACGCCACGGGCCUGGCCGGAAACAAGAAGCGACGCUCCAGCCUGGGAGCCAAGAUGGUGGCUAUCGUGGGUCUGUCACAGUGGAGCAAGAGCACACUGCAGCUCAACCAGCAAGACGGUGGAACGAAGAAGCUGCGCAGCACCAUCCGGCGGAGCACAGAGACGGGUAUCGCUGUAGAGAUGAGGAACCGUGUCACACGGCAGGGCAGUAAGGACUCAACAGAUGGCAGCACCAACAGCAACAGCUCUGAUGGGACGUUCAUCUUCCCCACAACUCGCCUUGGCCCCGAGAGCCAGUUCAGUGACUUCCUGGACGGUCUUGGUCCCGCUCAGAUCGUGGGGCGGCAGACAUUAGCCACACCGCCAAUGGGUGAUGUUUACAUUGGUGUGGUGGAUAGAGGAGGUCAGUUAGAGGUCGAGAUCACGCAAGCCCGAGGUCUGACCCCUAAACCAGGCUCAAAGAACAUUCCAGCAACAUAUAUAAAGGUUUAUGUCCUGGAGAAUGGAAUGUGUCUCGCUAAGAAGAAAACCAAAGUGGUGAAGAAAACCCUGGAUCCAACCUUCCAGCAAUCCCUGAUGUUUGAUGAGAGCCCGCAGGGGAAAGUGCUACAGGUGAUCGUGUGGGGCGAUUACGGCCGCAUGGACAGCAAGUGUUUCAUGGGAAUGGCUCAGAUCCUCCUGGAUGAUCUCGACCUGUCAUCAAUGGUGGGCGGCUGGUACAAGCUCUUUCCCACCUCCUCUCUGGCGGACCCCAGCAUCGGCCCCCUAACACGCCGACUGUCCCAGUCCUCACUCGAGAGCGCCACCAGCCCCUCGUGCACCUAGACAAAUCCACGUCCCCUUCUAAAUUCGCCCGUCUUCUCUAUCUCUAUGUUUGUAUCUUUGUUCAAUAUACCCCGCCACCAACCCCAAACGCAUGAACACACAGCCAACUCGCACGGAGCUGGAACGCUGCUCUUUACUGAUUCAGAUAUUAAGAGCUGGAUACAAAUCAGGCGUGACAUAACACACACACACCCUCGCAGAUGGAUAUGGGUGUAACCAGCAACAUGCAGCCGUAGGAUAGUCAAGAAUCUGAAUCAGUCAUGGCUAGUUACAUGCAGAUCCAUUGUCCACAGGGGCAUUUAAUAAAAAUAUUCCUGACAAUGUAGCAUUCGUGUUGACGUCACGUCACACAGGAAGCAGAAUGGGUUCUCCAAGACUAGUAGUUCCCAGACCCUCAAGGGUCAGUCAUUUCUCUAUGCCAAACCCGAACAAAGUUUUAUUUUUUAAAAACCAAAGCAAUUCUUAUUAUCUGUAGUGCUAUAUUAUAGAGUAUGGAUAUGUAGCAGAGUCAGUGACUUAGAUGAAAUGCAAAAAACAAAAACGUGUUAGAAAAACUCGUAAGGUGCGGUCACAUUAGUGAAAUUUAGGCGAAAUUUUCCGAAGUCGCUUUCAAACCGAGCAACUUUUGGCGCUGCAAUUUCGACAAAAUCUGCGUCACAUGGAAUGACGAGAAUUCGCCUGAGAAAUUUCGCAGAGUAACGUUAAAUGUGAUCGCACCUCUAGACUACAUACACAAUUAAACUUUUAAAGGGCAGGGUUUUACUCCACAUGUCAGGUUAUUUAUUAGAAAUGCACACGAUUUCUGUCGCAUAAAGUAGCGUAUUAUUUUUUUUCGUUUUCGGAGAGCUGAAUAAAUAAAUAUAUAGAUCGAUAUUUGUGUUUAUGUAUUAAUCGACUGCAUUCUGCACGUUAACUAGCAACCCUUGUUGAGCAAAAUAUGUAAAGUGCUAUUUUAAGCUUGCCUUUAAAAUUACGUAGACUUAUAGACGGUAGGUUAUUUAUUUUGCUAAUGUUUCAAUCUCACGUUUUGUCUGAACAACACCGUCUGCACCGAGCUGCAGACGUACGAACCCUCCGAAGGAGAACCAACUGUCCUGUUAAACCAGCAACCCUCAUACACAGCUGCAUUGUGGGAUACGCCAAACAAGCGAGAAAACUUUUCUUGCAGCAAGUAGCGAAGAUUUCUGGGAAGUUGGAGCCGCACUAGACUUUACCGCCUCAAGUAGUUUUGGGUUUCUUUCUACCAGCAUUUGGAACUGUUAAAGGCCUUUCCCAUUUCCUGUAACUCUCAGGAGGUCACGCUGAACAAAACACACACACGCACGCAACAAUAUGAGGACUGGUGAUGGGGUCGCUCUCUCAACAGGAUCUUGAAGCCCACAACAAAUGGUAUUCUGUAAACUCCUGGACACUUGUUUUGGUCUUUGAACUUCACCAUUGUGACUAUUCCUGUCCAAUCAGCAGUCUUCUUUAGCUUCGUCUCUGAAGCUGAGAUGGUUUCUUCAGUUGAUCUUCGGUGUUAUGGAGACUUGUGGGAAAAAAGCAGCACUGUAGGUAAAAAAACUAAGUAUUCAUUCCACUCCUGUCAGCCUCCUAGAUUUGUUUUCUUAGCUCCUCUGAAUAUAUCAGAGCCGGAGAAGGUAUCUUACAUAUCACAGUAACUCUGUACCAUCAUUUUAUUCACAUCAAAUCUACUCCAGAUUCAUAUGUGACAUCGUCAGUAAGAAACAAAACAGUAUUCAUUUCUAAAUUCCCAUAUGGAUCAUUUGCCAUAAGAAAUGUUUAGAAUUUAAUCUGUUCAAACUCUCUUUGAUGGAAACGCACAAACUCUCUAAUUCUCUGGUUUGCAUCAUGCUGGUGUUGAUAGAUCUGCUUUUACAGGCAGAUUAUGAGACCGUCAGCAUACCGUUUCAUCCGAUUUAUCAUUUUCAUCAGCCUUUGAAGUACUUUCGUAUUGUGUUUUGUACAUGCCGUUUUUUCUAUCUGCAAAUGUCACUGCUACUCCAAUCAAGAUGUACAGCACAAAAUAUAUGAGCAUUUCUCUGGAUGUUUAUAAGAAAGUGUGCCUCACAUUCCAUACUUUCAAAAUCUCUUUUUGUCUUUAUUGUUUUAUAAAUUAUCCUACGCCAGUUUUUCUCAACUGGUUUGGCCAUUGGACUUACAUUUUCAAAUGGUCAUCAAACCCACUUUUUUAGGAGAUAUAAUACAGAGUGUUUUCACUACGCAUCAUCAAUCGGCCAUAUUGGCAGCACAGAAAUGUCAACAAUUCCACUGAACCGAACAAAACUUGCAUAUUUUGCUGAUUAUUGCUGCUGAAAAUGGUCAAUUAUUGUCACGUUUUGGGCUGUACUAAUCGGUCGGACUAGGAAAAACAUCUGGAGUACUACAGACUGCCAAAAGUUAUAACAAAUCAAGGAGAAGAGUGCAAAAAACUGUCUGAGGAACAAAAGGCGUUUGGCCAAACUAAAUCAGGAUUUCCAAGGCAAGAAUCUUGACCACAUUUGUGUUGCUCUUAUCAUUUCUGGUCAGGUAGGUGAAAUAUUAGGCUAAUAUCUUAAUUAAUACUGCUCAUACGUAUCUUUACCACUAAUUAACUUUAGUUUGCCAAAAUAUUUCGCCCUUUCCUGCUUACUAAGUCCUUCUCUAGAUGAUUUAGCAGUUUUUUCCAUGGUUUAGACAGCAUAAAUUAGCAGAACGACAUAUUCAGUAGUACAUUAACCUUGAAAUCCAUGAUGUUGUUUAUAUCGGAGUAUCGCCAGUAUGGCCGCGAAUCCGGGUAACUGAAAUCGUGACGUAAAUGCAAAACCUUAAUAACAUCUGACAAGACAGGAUAGAUCGUUUUCUAAGGUGAGAGACUUUUUUAUUUCGUAACAAUUUACGAAAAUAACGAUAGAAUAAUGACGCUGACAUUAAGCCUCACAAAAUCUCAUCUGACCGCUGAUACUGAAUCGGGAUAGCGCGCAGUCCAGAAAUGUCAACACUCCGCUUCCACACACGUCUUUCAAAAUAAAAAUCUUGCAUCAGAAAAACAUUUAGUUUACAUUUAAUUACGGGCUAUUGUUGAUGCUGUUUUUUUGACUGUACACUCUGCAACCCGCAAGUUGAGAAACACUGUCCUAGGCCAUUCCUCAAACUUUACAUGCACACCAUUUCAAUGCAUCUGGGAAAAUGUAGAUUCUAUAAAACGCUUAUUUAUUACAAUGAAUGGUCAUGUUUGCAUACAGAGAUUUAUCUUUAGGUCCUGAGGAACAUUUGGUCAUUAUUUGAUUAGAAAUCUUUUCUCUGUUCAUUUAGAUGUUUUGCUUCACAAAGAAUCUUUAAGGACAAUUUCAAGUUUUAUUGCUAAAAGUCAUGCACACUAAAAUUUGCAUUUUAAUUGUUUCUAAAGUAAAGUUGCACCAAAAAAACAGGUCUUUACACUUUCUUAUUUUCAUCUGAAACUGCAAAAUGUUGCAUUUUACCCAUGCCAGUCAUCUCACAAUUGACAUAUUUAGAAUAUUUUACUGUUCAAGCUCGGAGGUUUUGCCUUUAAGCAUACAAAAUGAGUUUCUGCUACCUUUCACAUACAUGUCUCGCUUCUUUUGUAUUUGCACAAGUUUGAUUGUGUUGCACCUUUCUCUUUUCCACUAACAGACAAAUGUCUGUACAUUAAAUUAGGAACAAAAAAUGACUUCUUAAUUGUAACUUAAAAUGAAAUUGUAUUACUGUACUGAAAACAAAUUGUAUUUGCAGCUGAAUGUUUGUCCUUGGUAAACACAUAUGAAAUGACUAUUAGAUAUUGAUAUUUUUUCUAUGUAAUUUUACGUACUUGGGAAUUUGGGAUAAUAUACAUGUCCCUUUACUGUACAAUGAAGUAGUUACAAAAUCUUACUGGUCUUGCAUUUUUGCAAAAUGAAAAGAGUCUGAAUGCAUGAAUAUUUGUACUGUACUGCUCUAUUUUUUCAGGUGUAGUGGAUGGAUGUAGUUUGUUGCAGUUCAUAGCUAAACCAAAUGCAAAAUUGACAAAAAAUAACAAAAAAAAUUAGAUUUGCAGCGUCCGGAUUUCUGCGGUUUGGAUGCGUUUUGAUAUUUUAUCAUGGAAUGAGAACGAGCAGAUCUGUUUUGUUCUGACAGUAAUCAGAUACAGCUAUCAAAUGCUUCUGUGAUGUGUUGAUAAUCUGUAAAUACAAAUCCCUAAGUAUGAUGUUGUAAUUUCUGAAUAAGAUACCAGAAAAGUGGCUGGCAUCUGGUUGGUUUAAAUGCUUGGUGUUGAACUACGUCACGCUUUUAUAUGCGAGACCACUUCAUGCUUUUCAGUUCAUACUUGGUGAAGUCUGAGGAGUCUUUUUCUGGCAGUUUUAUGGCAUGCGCAGUUUAUGUGUGAGUGUAAGUAGGUGACACCAGCUUGACUGGGGAAUGAUCUUAAUACACUGAGAAUACAGAUAUCAAUAUCAACAUGAUGUAAGCUGAAUAAACCUGACAGAGCGUUUCUGUAUGGGCUCAUAGCGGAAACAGCUGGAUGUGGUCAACCUGGUAUUCAUGCUUACUUUUUUAUUUGCAUUCAGAAAUGAACAGUAGAUUGUAAAACUGAGAAUGAUGUGUGAAUCUGGACAUUUAUAUUAUGAGAUUUUGCUUCGUCAGGUACUGUAUGAUGUAUAUAAAUUCUAUAAAUGUUGACAGAUUGCUUUAAUUUCAAAUAGGAAUGUAAUCCCUUUAUAUCUUUCUGGGCCUUUUAAAGGAAUAGUUCACCCAAAAUGAAAAUGUACUCACCUUUCAGGCCAUCCAAGAUGUAAAUUAGUUUGUUUCUUCAUCACAACAGAUUUGCUCACAAAUGGAUCCUCUGAGGUGAAUGGGUGCCGUCAGAGUGAGAGUCCAAACAGCUGAUAAAACAUCACAGUAAUCCACAAGAAACUCCAGUCCAUCAAUUAACAUCUUGUGAAGUGAAAAGCUGUUUGUUUCUAAGAAACAAACUUAUCAUUAAGGCAUUUUAACUUAGUCCAUUAUCCUUGCUUGUAAGUUAGUAAUUCUGGACUGUUUUCACUGUAAACAGUGCUUGAUCUGUGCAUAUUUCUCUCCUUAAUCAGGUGAGAUGAAGAACGCUCGCAUUUUAGCUGGAAGCAAUGGUUUGAAGUUAAAAAUCAUCUUAAUGAUACAAACAUGCAGCUUUCAGCUUCACAAGAUGUAAAUUGAUGUGGCGUUUGGACUCUUAGUCUGACGGCACCCAUUCACUGCAGAAGAUCCACUGGUGAGCUCAAGUGAUGUGCUAAACUUAUCCAAAUCUGUUCUGAUAAAGAAACAAACUCAUCUACAUCCUGGAUGGCCUGAGGGUGAAUACAAUUUCAGCAAAUGUUCGUUUUUUGAGUGAACUACUCUUUGAAACCCAUGUGAAGUCUUUUUAUGAACCCCUAAUGCUGUUUUUGUUAAGUUUGUGAACAAAUAUAAAGAUUAAUGAGGAGAUAUCAAGCUUUUAUCUUAUUUUUGUAAAAUGAGUUAUCUUAUAGAGUGGUUUGUUGGAUGAAAGGCGAUGGCUUGUUUAUUGCCUUACUUGAGAGAUUAUUAUAAGGCUUAGAAAUGUUACUGAAAAGCCUUGGGUGUUUUGCUUUGAUAUCAUUAGUGAUACUAAAGUAUCUCUAACUUGAAUGUACGUAUUAAAUAUUUAAUCUUACUGUAUUAUAAAGCAUAUUUGGUUUACAGAGUGACAGAAUAACAUCUUUACCGGUAUGUGUUGAUGUUUAAAGGCUUACAUGAGCACAACAUCCCUGGUAUCUAAUUUAAUCUGUUUGCUCUCUCUAUUGAUUUGAGCAUUCAGUUUUCCUAGAUAUCAGUUGUGCUUAUAGGUGAGAUAUAACAUUAAGUGCAUGCCUGUUUUUAGUCAUUUACAUGAUUGAGAUUUGUAAAAUGAUCUGGAGAAAGUAAGCAUUGUAUUUUCUUUGCAGCAUGUUUGUGUUUAUUUUCUCAAAGAGCCAUGUGAUGUCUUAAAACUAAGCUCUAUUUUUUGUGAUUACACUUACGUAAGACAUUGAAUUCAAGAAAAUAAUAUGUAGUUUAUUUUAUUCGUAUUAUCUAAUUACAACCUUGAAUUUAUUCCACUUUUGGGUCGGACUUAAAAGACUGUCAUUGGCAAUUUAUUUUACAAAUGCAAAGACGGUCAUUUGUAGUCUGUUUUCUCGUCCAUGUAGCAAAGCUGUUAGCAGCUCCUUUGUUGUCACCAUAAAUCAGCCAUUCAUAUUAUUCAUGACAUUGUGAACAGCACAAGACACUGUUAGGACACACUCACCUUCUCAGACCGAGGUUUUCACCUUUCACAAGAAAUGUAGCUACUUUGAAAACGGUGCCCAGUUGGAUCCACUGUAUGUAACCCACUUCGGUUUAAGUCUUGCACUUUGAGAGAGCACGAUCAAAGAUUUAUCAGAGCAAGAGUAGCCCCCAAAACUUUUAGAAAAUGAUUUGAGCUGACAGUGCGCUGCUGUUUAGGAUAACAGAAUGGUAAAGAGCAGUACGGGGAAGCUGUAAUUUUAUACUUGUGCUUUGUAAAUGUUUUCUAUGUGCAGUAUUUGAUAAUGUAAAACUGGUAUUUUUGUGGUUUGUACGCUGCAGAACUGAUUAUUUAAGGUGCACGCAGUUUUGUAAGAAAAGGUUGGGAAAUUUUGACAAAAAAAUCAUUUUGACUGAAGCCUGUAUCUGCAUGCAUAUUGACUGCUGGAAGCUGGAGGUCAAUAAAUUUUAUUUGAAUCAUA